UUGUCUCAAUAAUCAACCAAAAAGAUUGACAUGAAAUCUAUAAAAGGAACAUUUCACAUCUCGUGUGUUCAGAUGUUUUCUUGAUUUCAUAAUGAUAAAUAAUAUUUAUUUAUGCUGAGGUUUGUGUUUAUGAGCUGAUAUUCACACAGAUGUUACUCUCUCCAGCUCUCUUUAUCUUCAUGAAUGACAUGAUUUGGUUGUAUCUACAAUAUCAUCUUAUGAAAGACACAAAACAGUAUCUUACUAUAAGCUGAAUUUGAGUUUAUUAGAUUUUUUUAAAGAGUUCAUUAUGUACAAGGGUCAGUCAACAGAGAAAGCAGAAGUUUCUAUCAGACGAGGGACUUUAUUCAUGAUCUGACAUUAAAUAUGUAACAGCCUCAAAACAAUCACAUCAUAGACACACAACUUAUGUAUUAAAUACAACACACAAUGUUAAGAGUUACACAAAAUUAACACAUUUUGAGAGCGAGAGAGAGAGAGAGAGAGAGAGAGAGGACAGAGAGGGAGUGAGAAAGAGAGAGAGAGAAUGGGUGUGAUUGGUGGAUGGAGUUUGUCUUGAUAAGUUGCUUUUGUUUGAGUUUGAAGUCAUUUGAGUUGUUCUUCGUUUGCUGUUCAUCAUGAAUGUGCAGCGCCGCUCAGCGUUUACACACAUCAUCAUCUGCUUCUGUCUUACAGGCUCGGCUGUGGGCUCAACGUCAACUUCUGCAAACAUCGACAUCACUCUGUUGGGUCCUGAUGUGGUGACUGUGGGCAUUCCUGCCAGUUUUUUCUGUUUCUCUCAGUGUUCUGCAGCGUGCCUUUACAGCAUCACAGCAGACGGCCGCACCGCAGACACAGAUGAGAUCACCAUCAUCAUCAGAGAGAGACUGAACGUCACCACCGUCACCUGCACAGCAAAAAACAACAUCACAGGACAAACAUUCACGACACAUAAGACUCUACAGGUUUUACAGGGUCCAGAGAAUGUCUCCAUCAGCGGCCCGGCGUAUCUGCCUGUCGACCGCUCUCAGAGCUUCCUGUGUUCUGCCGUCUGCUGGCCGUCCUGUAAUUACAGCUGGACCUCUAAUGGAAAGCCACUGUCUGCAUUUGGAAACCACCUGGUCAUGACUCCAUCUGCAGUCGUCGGUAUAGAAACGCUCGUCUGCACGGCGACCAACAGCAAGUCGGGAAUCUUCGCCUCUGCAGUCUUGAAACUCUUCGUGACUGAUGGUCCACUGUACACCAUCAUAAGAGGUCCAGACAGAAUCCAGCUUAAAUCCAGCACCAUGUUUGAGUGUCAGAGCAGGUGUAAACCCUCCUGUAACUACACCUGGACGGCAGAGAACCAAACUCUUUACAGCAAGAUAAUAGACGUGAGAGUUGAGACCUGGAGAGAAUCACUGACGUUAACCUGCACGGCCACAAACAUCAUCACCAACAGCACUGAAGUGACACAGAAGACACUCAGCGUGACAGAAAACACAGCUGCUCCUCUGAGGAUGAAUCUGAUGUCAGCUUUUGUCAUCGCUCUGAGUCUUCACUUCACCUGAAAACGCUGCACUGUCACUCAUUACACAAGUGCAGAAGAAAAAACCACAGACUUCCACAACAAACCACAUGUGAACUACUGAAAAUAACCUGACAGAAGUGAAGGACACAAAUGUACACACUACACACAUGUGGAGUUUAUUUGACUGAUAGAUUAAAUUCAUGUGGAUGAACUGAGUGUUGAAUUUGCUGUAUUUGUUUAAAUUAAGCUGAAAGAAACAAGCUAAAAUAAAAAGGUUGCCUAAAAAAAGGUGUUGGUGAAGUGUGGUGACUUAUCUUAAGCAGAUAACAGUAUUAUUCCUCAUGUUCUGAUUCAUGAAACUGAUGGAGUCAUACUUAAUAGAUACACACAAACACACACGUCUGCUCUUGAUGUUUGAUAUUUGUGACGCAUGAAUGUUUGAUGUGUUGACUGUGAUAUUAUCAGGCGGGUGUUGGCUGUUUCUGAACAUCAAUGAUAUCACAUUAUAAAUGACAAUCAAACUCAUUCAUUAUCAACCUAUAUGUGUGUGUUCUGGAUGAGUCACGCAAAACAGUCGCCGCAUUCACAUCUGCUCACAUGAUACACCCACAACCAAGGACUUUCUGCGCAUGUUUCAGACUCAUUCAGACUGAUGUUAAAGUCAGCAUGAUAUAAAAAAAG